AUGGAGCGGAUUCUGCGAGAGUUCCGGGAGCGCUAUGGGGAGAACCGUGCUAUUGCGGCGCUGGCAGUGAUAGUGGAGGAUGAAUCCACAGGCAAGAAAAGGGUGAUACACGACGCUGGCCAUGGGGUGAGGGUGAACCGCCGGAUUAAAUGCCGGGACAAGAUCCGAGCCCCAGGAGCUAGCGAAAAGAAGAUGCUGCUCCGCGAGAUGAGAGCUAAGAAGAAGACUGCCUUCUCGGUGGUGGGUGCUACAAGCACCAGGCCUCGGAGCACGGCUUCAUGGGCUGCCAGAUGGAUGAGAAGGAGGAGACAGGGGGAGCCCCUGUUCGGCCCUCAGCAAGAAGUCCCUGUCCGGAUCACCCGCCGCUUCCAGCAGGCCCCUGAUGAGCCGAAGGGGUUGCCCCUGCGCCACAUCCGUCAUCUUGGGAUUGUCUGGAUGCUGCUCUAG